GGCUGCCCAGGCCGAUGCUCUGCAGCGUCAGUUUAUGUAUGAAGUUAAGCUUUUGGUAGAGAACGAGCGUGCCGUUCGACUCGAUAAGCUCGAGAAUGUUAGCAAGCGUUUCAAGGCUCUUGAGAAUGCUGCCAACACCACAGCUUCUGCUCUCGACAGAUCCCGUCGUGGACAUCUCAGCUAUGUCAACCUCACUUACCUCCAGGAUACCGCUAACAAUAGAAUCAAGGAAAGAGAUCUUGCUGAGCGUUUCGAGAUCGUAGCCAAGGAGGCCAGACGCGUAGCCCUUGUUCCUUUGGAUGGUGGCUUUGGAGCUCAUAUUUUGAGUUUCUUCCUGUCAACUCUCAUGUUCAAAAAGCAUGGACUUGUUGAGGGUGACGAUCUUGAGUCCGUAUUGUCCAGAACUGGGCAUUACCUCAAGACUGGAGAUUUGGAUACUGCCGUUCGUGAGUUAAACCAGUUACAGGGGUGGCCUAAGGUUUUGGCAUUUGAUUGGCUCGAGGCCGCACGUCGCCACUUGGAGUCUAAGCAAGCAAUGGAGGUUCUUGAGACUGAAAUCAUUCUUAACAGCUUGGUCGAAGCCUCAUAAGGUGGAUGUUGUAUUCAAAGAAAGAAGAAAAAGAAAAAAAGGAAGAAAGAAAAAAAGAGAAAAAGAAAGAGAAACGACAUAAGCUUUGUACCCUAGAAAUGAAGUUUUUUUUUAUCUGACAACCCCCACACUGUAGAAAGUCAAAAUAUCAUUCUUUUAAUGUGGCGACAUACCAAUUUAUUCAUAUUCACCAAGACCAAGGAAUGAUUAUGCAUAAUUUGGAGUAAGCCAAGGUGGAUAAAUCAGCGCAGUCUAAUGUAGCGUCUAGUUGGACGGCUGAAGUGAAUGUGAACAAUAUACACUUCAUCUUGACGUCAAGUAAAAUGGGAUUAUUUUAUCUUUCGACCUUUU